CUCACCCCCUGCUGCGAAACACAGCCAGCUCAUCCCCAUCCCCACCGUACACCAGCUACCGGACCGAGCCAACUCACCCUCUCCCACCCUCUGAGCACGCUCCUGUCUCGGGCUGUCCUGACGAGCGGAACCAGUCGCAGUUCGAACCCCGAAGAGGCCAACGAGGAGACCGAUAUCCUGGAAGCCGACGAUUGGCACGAGGCGAAAGAUCGUGCCGAAAUCCUUGGCCAUGAGCUCGGCCUCGGAAAAAUGCAGAAGCCAUUGAGAGAGCUGGGCCGACUGUGCCUCAGCACGGGUGAACAGAGCGGCGACGUUGUUGCGGAAGUAUGCACGGAACCACGCGGUGGACUUCCGCUUCUUCAGGUAUGGCCGAGCGAUUCACCAAGAGGCGAGGCGGACGGACAAGCGCAGGCAUUCGUGUUUCCCGAUGUCCAAGAGAACGUCAACGAUAGUGGAAUAGAAUCUAUACAGGCAUCGCCAUCGCCGUGCGGCGUGGCGAGUACGAGUCCAGCCGCGACCCCGCAACAAUCCCGACGCGCCAGCCUGCUUCAUCCGGAUCAUGCUCGGCUGCAGCUGCAUCAUUUGCAUCAUAAUCACCACAAUUCAGGGUCUAAGACUCCACCGACGCCGGACCGGGCGUCCAUCGACGAGGAACCUCCACUUCCGCCGAGCCCGUCGAGCUCGACCACCAGCAGUUUACGCUCCAUGCCAAGCUCCGCGAUCGCUUCGAUGCACUCGCAAGAUAGGAGACGAAGCAGCAGGUAUAGCAUGUUCGAUGCCUUGGAUCUGGAAUACGCCCUGCUGAGGGCAGCGGCCCGAGGUUCAGUGGGUCCAUACUCUUUAUCGGAAUCCUUGCACAAGUUGACCUUCACUCAGAGCCUGGCAUUUCCUGCUUUGGCUCGUGGAUUGGCGUCGAAGCAGAGCGUACCAACCAGGAGGCCUCAACAGCACACGGAGAGCGGAUUGAACGCGUUCGCCAAGGUGGUGACCGCGUUGGUCCUCGUGUUGGUCAGCGUUUUGGUGUUCGGUGUGGUGUACAAGUUCGUGAGGACGUGAGGGUGGUUGCUGGUACCCGAUCGACAGCCUGGCUCUUCGCAGGAUUUCGAUCGACCUGGUACCAGCGACUCAUUCGACGAUUGACUAGCUGGUCGAGUGUUCUGAAUAUAAAAUUCACUCGUAUGCCGAUGAUAGAAGGUUCCCUUGGUGAAACCUUGGAACCACCGGGAAUAAGGAUACGUAUUAUCAGAAUGCGGAGCUUAGAGCUUUGAUGGUGGAAAGUGAAAUUAUUGUACCAAGUGGAAGCUCAAAGCUAUGGUAGAAAGUGAAGGAUUCUAAAUGAGAGGUGACAUUUUAAUUAAUCCUUUAUACCAAAUGAAAACGCAAGGUUGAUGGUAGAAAGUAAAGGUACCACGUGAAAGACGAAAGUAAUAGUAGAAGGUGAUUAUUUCAGAUAAGAUACACGUGCAACCUCUGAUGGUGCUUAACCAUUGGGCCUAGAUCAGGGGGUGUUUCGAUGAUUGUCGAUUGGUGAGCAUGGAUGGAUACUUGAACAUUUAACAAUUAUAUUCAUUCUAUCGUCUGUGAUUGAAAAAUUGACUAUUUCGAUGAACGAAACCUUUUCAAUUCAAAUGGGUAUACAUAGUAUGACACAGAACGGGCUCGUUGAAAAACAAUAGAGGAUUGAAAGUAGAUUGAUUCGAAUCGAAAAGUGGGAUUUUCAUACGAUGCGAUGAAUUUUUAUUCACAAAAAUGGAGACGACUGAGAUGAUCGAUCGUUGUCCAAGUAUUUUGCACGCGGACAAGGUGUAUUCGAGCAGUGUUACGCGUUUAUCGUGCUUUUUUCACUCUAAAUAAAUAAAGUAUAGCUAUAUAGCUGUGUUCACAGCUUGCCUUGUAAAUAUAUAGCUAUAUCUGCAUAUUAAACGAGGAACUUUUAAAAAGUGCAAACGAUUAAUCAAUAUUGAAUAUCUCUCCUAACUUUAAUAUUUCCUUCGAAUUCAAGUUUGCGAAUACUUACCGGUAAAGGUGUUAUUCUUCAUUUGCAAUCAAAUGUGGAUUCUUGUCCGCGUUGCAAAAGAAAAUGUCUACCGUUCGAGCGAGUUAUUAUCAGCUCGCUUUAAAAAAAAUAAUAAUAAUACAAUCAGUGACUCUUCAAGUGCUUUACACAACUCUAUCCCGAUGACAAUCGAUCCAAUAUUAAUCUUAUUUGACAUCUUUCGUCGAUCAGCUUCAUACUGUAAGAAA